AUGCUUAUUUUGUAUUACAGCGAUGUGGAUGAAUAUGGCUUCAAACGCCCAGAGAAUUUCGAUUAUAAGGCGUAUGAGCAGUUUAUGUCAAACUAUCUAAAAACGCUGGCUAAGCGGCGUAAACGGUGGGAGGAAAUAUUAGAGGAAAAUGUUGAUCUCAGUAAUAUAAAUUCAAAAAUUAAGCGCUACAUAAGGAAAGGAAUUCCCGGUCCAUUUCGUCCCGAUGUAUGGAUGCGAAUAUCUGGUGCUUAUAAGCUGCAAGCAAAUUCGCCUGAUCUCUACCGCAGUUUGUUAAAUGCUCCACAUGAAAAGGAAAUUAGUGACUCCAUAUCAAUUGAUCUACCUCGAACUUUUCCCGACAAUAUCUUCUUUGAAACGAAAAAAGAUAGUUUAUACAAUAUUCUAAUUGCCUAUGCUCACCACAAUCGUGAUGUGGGUUACUGCCAGGGCUUAAAUUAUAUAGCUGGCUUGCUGCUUAUUGUCACCGAAGAUGAGGAGAAGUCAUUUUGGUUGCUCAAACACAUGGUGGAAAAUAUAGUACCACAAUAUCAUACCAAGAAUAUGGCUAAUCUUUUGCGAGACAUGGCAGUUUUUAAGGAGAUGGUUAUACGUCGAGUUCCUGCUGUCAAUAAACACAUUGAAAACCUAGGUUUGCCAUAUGCCGUAAUAGCAAGCAAAUGGUUUAUUUGCAUAUUUGCCGAAGUACUCCCUGCUGAGACUGUUUUAAGGAUUUGGGACUGUGUAUUUUCUGAAGGCUAUAAGAUUGUUUUCCGUGUGGCGCUGACGAUGUUCAAAACGCACAAAUCGGCUAUUUUAGCAGCAGAUGAUAUAGGCGCAUUGGCAAAUUUCUUCCGCGAAGUUUUAAUCCAUGACGAAAUUGUUACCGACUGUCACACAUUUAUGCAAAAGGUAUUCGAAUUGCGCUUGAAGCGUAGCGAAUUGGAAAGUUUACGAAAAAUAUGCGUUGGACGCAACAACACCUAAAAG